UGAACAAUUGAACAAGUCAAGCCACAAAGUCAUACAUACCAAAAAUUGUUCCUCUAUAUAAAGGGUGCCAAUUGCUGCUAAGAAAAUGCAAGAAACCCAUCCGAAAUAUACAACCUACCUAUCCUUCAACACUUAUACUAUUUUUAACGACCCAACACCACCUUUCAUUUAAUUUCUAGCUAUAACAAACUUGCAUAAUGAGAAAUCUUUCAUUUUUCUUUAUUUUUUGUUUCUUGGCUACUUUGUCCCAUGCCAUAGAGCUCGACUUUUGUGUCGGGGAUCCUACUCUUCCUAGAGGGCCUCAAGGAUACGCUUGCAAAGAUCCUGCUAAAGUUACAACUGAUGAUUUUGUUUAUACGGGUUUCCGUGGUGAAAAAACUCCAAAUAAUGUUUUUGGGAACAAUGUUACAUUAGCAUUUUCAGAUGUGUUCCCAGCCUUCAAUGGUUUAGGCAUAUCUAUGGCUAGGUUAGACUUUGCCAUAGGAGGAGUAGUUCCAGUACACUCUCAUCGUACAUCAGAAGUUCUUAUUUUGGUUAAAGGUUCAAUCAUUGCAGGAUUUAUUGAUACAAAUAACACCGCAUACUAUAAAAGAUUAGAGGUUGGUGAUGUCAUGGUAUUUCCACAAGCCAUGCUUCACUUCCAAAUCAAUGUUGGUAAAACUCCGGCUACUGCCUAUGUCAGUCUGAAUGGUGCAAACCCUGCAUUACAACUCACUCCUACCGCUUUAUUUGCUGGGAAUUUACCCGCUAACAUUGCCCAAAAAAUCACACUCUUGAGUCGUAAGGAAGUUAUGCAGAUGAAGCGAAUAUUCGGCACAGCUUAACAAAACUCCUUUCAUGAAUGAUUAUUUUAAGUUCCCAAAAUAAAAAUGAAAUCUUGUAAUAAAAUAGUGCAUAAUUAAAUUUUGUCCAUUGUAUUCCCAUAGCGUUUUUGUACCAAUAAGUGAUUAUGUAAUAAAAAAAAAACAAGAAAUCAAGAAGAAAAAGAAAAAGAAAGAGACUAUCAAUUGCCGGAGACUGAAGAUCUGACCCGGUGUUUUGGCCUGGUCAACUAAAUUGCAUGCCCUAAUUAAUAUUCCCUCCGUUUUUAAAUACUUGCUCCAUUUCUCUUGGACACGAAUGCCGAUAAAAUUAUUUCUGUGAAGGCGGAUGCAUCCGGUUUUCUUUAAAAAAAGGUGAAAUGAAUAUUUAGUUGUUCAGUAAAAAACAU